GUCCGCUCUGUCUCCGCCUCAGAGGAAGAGAAAGCGGUAGGUACAAACUGAAACAUGUUUGGACUCUUCAGGAAAAGUAAACCUGUGAAAAUUAGGAGUUCUAAUGAUAACAAAAAGUAUGGAGUUGCAGCCAAAGAUCUGAAGGAGCUGAUUAAAAAGGGCUGCAGGUCGUUACAGGUGCCUCUUCCAGGUGUUCGUGUUUGUCUGUACUCUGAUGGGACUGAAGUGACAGAGGACUUCUUCCAGACUCUGCCGGACCACACUGAACUGGUUCUUCUCUCCAGAAACCAGACAUGGAGUGGGGUUGAGCGUGACAUUGCUCAGCUGCUGACCUCGGACCGUCACGGUGACGCCCUCAUCGAAGCAGCGAAGGGUCUCCUGUCUGACGAUCAGUCUCCUAAGAGACGUAAAAUCCUGACUGACCUGCUGCUGAACCUGGACGACACGUCUGAGCUGGAGAGACGAGACGAGGAUGAAGAGUGGUUCAAAGGUGUUGACGCUCGAUUCAAGACAAAGUCUGCCUACAUGAGGUUUAACUGUGAGAGCAGGAUCCGAGGUUACCUGAAGGAGGUGGAUGACGCCCCCAGAACCAUCCAGAAAGUUAAAGUCAGGGCAGAGUUCCUGAAGGCAUCGCAGCUCCUGUCAGAGAUGCUGAAAACAAACAAAUACAACGGCUCUUAUUUUGACAGGACUGAGAAGGAAGCAGAUCGCCUGUGCACCCAGGAGGGAUGGUUCACCUGCCAGGGAUCGUUUGACCAGGACGUCUGCCAGAGUCUCCACUCCAUCAAUCCCUACGGUAGCAGAGAGAGCCGGAUCGUCUUCAGCACCUGGAACCUGGACCACAGGAUAGAGAAGAAGAGGACGAUCAUCCCUGCUCUGCUGGAAGCUCUUCAGAGUCACAGGACCGCCGACGUCAACCUGACCUACUUCUACCGCCUGCUGUUCACCAGAGAAAACCUGAAGUUGGUUCACAUCGUCUGCCACAAGAAAGGAGCUCACAACCUGCUCUGUGACUCCAAGAGGAUUUUCAGAAAGGCCACCAACACAGAGAAGGGAAGUCAGAAGGCCAGAGGAAAGAAGAGACGACUGAAGUGAAUAUUUUUUACUUUGUUUUAUGAAGAAUUUGUAAUUUAUUUUUUUAUGAAUUAUCUCAGGAAAACAUCAACAACGACGUGACUUUACCUUCUUUACCUCACUUUGUUUCUUUAAUGAUGAUCUUCCUCUGUGAACCUGCAGAGCUUUAACACAGACAGACAGACAGACAAACAGGUGUUUAAUCAUGAAAAACAUUUAUUUGUUCUGUGUGUUGGCACGGCGAAUGGAUUACUGCUGACAAUACAAGGCUUUCACUCAGUCAGAAGAGUUGCAUAGAAGAAUAUGAAAAGCAUUUAGCAUAAAUAAGGCAGUAAAAAUAUAUAAAACAUUUACUUGGGUGGUCAGAACAAUCAUUUAUAUACAACAUCUGAAAACAGUAGUGCAAUUACUAUGAGUCUGUACUUUAGCUGAGUAAUCAGGUUUAAUUUAUCCUGAGUUUAUUUUGUUUCAGAAACUCAUCAUUUUUAUAGUUCAUCUUUUUCGUAUGUAAUUUUGUCAUGUUUGUAUGAAUCCAUCAGGGACGAUCAUCAGCUUCAUCUGAUAUGUUUAAAUACACACUGAUGUGUUUGUGCUGAGAAGUUGCCAAAACAAAAACCAAGCACACACAGCUGCACUGAGGAGGAAGAUGAGACACUUAGUGAACAGUCUUCUGCUGAUGUAACAAUCAUCUGUGAUAAUAAAUGAUCUGAUUUUCAGACUGA